AUGCUGGUGGUUUCUCCUUGUGGCCCCGAAGACGGUACGGCCCAGGACCCUGAGGAAGUGCUCCAUGAAGGCCCUGUUGCUCUACACGACGAUCCCGUGGCUGACACGAUCUCUGCCGGUGCAGAGGGGACGCUGGGUGAAGCUCAGCAACACGAGUGCAUCGCGAACUUCACGGCUAUCCCUGGGGAUCUUUACGAGCGAGAGAUCGCGAGGUACACCCACUUCUGCCUCGUCCCCGAGGUUGACAUCUGCGGUAAUCUGGAGCAGCGUGCUGACAUCUGUGGGAAGAAAUCUGGCAAGGUCGUCGGGAGCAAGAAGACAAUCCGGUACGAGGCCAGCAGAGAGUACGAGGACGAAGUCUUUGGGCUCACCUCCGUCACCUUCCAGAGCUUCCUCCUGAUCAUCCUCUUCCUAUGGGGGCUGGCCUCGGUGACGGAGUUCCGGAGCAUACUGGUGUGGUGGAACGUUAUCCUCACCCUGCCUACCGCUGUGACGGCAGCAUGCAUCGUCUACAAGUACCCACCUGGAGCUGAGGCUGAGGACGACUGCACGGUGGAGAUUGCGGGCCUGACCUGGAAAACUCGCCUUAGUACGGUUUUCACGAACCUGCUGCCGCGGACCGUGCUGCAGUGCGUGUUCUUCGUGGUGGGAAUCGAGUACCUGCUGUCGGUGAAGCAGAUCUCGGAGCUGAUUCUGAACAGCUUGGCACUGAUGGUGCUCGUGACCAUCGACGAGAUGCUCUUCGCAGCCUUCACCGGCGAGCAGAACUCCAUCUGGAUACAAAACUCUGAGCCGCUGCAGGGGCGAUCCCUUCACUGGCUGGACUGCCUGCUGUCCGUGACGCACAUGCCCUUGGGUAUGUUCAUCUUUCUGCCCAUCAGUGCCACUCUGGCGUUCUACAUUCAGUCCCAUGUGACAACGACGGCUUUACAGGCCCAGGCAACGUAUUGCCUCUGCGAUCUCAAGGGCGACGAUUGCUUCGCGCCGCAAUUUCUUGCUGGCCGCGUGGCUGCUGCGCUCUGA